AUGUCUGAGCUUGUAACUUCUCCUCCCAAAUUAGUGCAAAAUCCUGAAGAAUUCCCAAAACCCAAGAAAAAGAAAAGUAAGAGCACUGAUGAAGAACGCCGCAAGCACAAAGAAGAAAAGAAGAAGCGUAAACUAGAGAAGAAGCAACGCAAGGAGGAAAAAAGAAAGAGGAAGGAGGAACGGCGCAAACUAAGGGAAGAAAAGGGUUCAACGAAAACAUUAGACAAGUUGAGCAAAGCCAAACCUGGUAUCAGGGAUGAUUGUCGCAAAUUUCCACGAUCUGAAGCGUGUAGCCUCAAAAAGGAUAGGAAAGAUCGCGAGAAUGGUGAACCACCAGCAAAAAUACCUAAAUUGGAACCCGCCGAAGUCAAGCCUGAAGAGGAAGAAAAGGAGUCUGAGGUAAAUCCUCUCGCCAAGGUCCCAGUUUCUUUGGAAGAACUUAUACAAAGGAAAGAAGCUGCGGAUGCUGAACUGUCAAAACCGAAAUUCAUUUCACGAGAAGAAAGGGAAAAAAUUGCCCUUCAACGACGUGAGGAGGCUAUUCGAGAACAGAGAAAGCGUGCAACCGAAGAGCUCAGUAAACAAAUUGAAUACCUUUCAAAAUCCCGGGAUGAUUCCUCUAAAUCAGACAGUCUGUCUCGUUACGAUCGUGAUUCGCACCGAUCGCGAAGACGGCUUGAUGAGUGGGAUCGUCGAUAUCCCGAAAAAGGUCGAGAUAGACGCUCUGAAGACGGCGGUGUCAACAAGGUGUCAGCUGCAGAUAAAGUCCGAGAAGAAGAGGCCAUUAAGGAGCGAUAUUUGGGUCAAAAACGUCUAACAAAACGCCGUCAACGCCGCCUUAAUGAGCGUAAGUUCGUAUUUGAUUGGGAUGCCAAUGAGGACACGAGUCAAGACUACAACCCUCUUUAUAAAGAAAAGCAUCAAAUCCAAUUUUUCGGCAGAGGUCAUAUUGGCGGCAUCGAUAUCAAGCAACAAAAACGCGAAAUCGGGAAAUUUUACUCUAAAAUGUUGGAAAGUCGUCGUUCCGAUACACAAAAGGAGCAGGAAAAUAAACGUCUUUCUGGUUUGGCUAAACGCGAAGCGAAAGAGAAGUGGGAUGAUCGUCAUUGGUCUGAGAAAUCGCUCUCCGAGAUGACUUAUCGUGAUUGGCGCAUCUUUCGAGAGGAUUACAACAUCUCUACAAAGGGUGGAAACCUGCCCAACCCGAUCCGUUCGUGGAAGGAGUCUGCGAUUCACAAAGAUCUUCUGGAAAUUAUUUACAAAGUAGGCUACUCUGAACCGACGGCAAUUCAACGUCAGGCUAUCCCUAUUGGCCUACAAAAUCGUGAUAUUAUUGGUAUUGCUGAAACCGGUUCGGGUAAAACUCUUGCUUUCCUCGUCCCCUUAUUGACGUGGAUCCAAACCCUCCCGAAGUUAGUUCGUAUGGAAGAUACAGAACAAGGCCCCUAUGCGUUGAUCAUGGCUCCUUCUCGCGAAUUAGCUCAACAGAUUGAGGAAGAAACUGUGAAAUUCGGUGCCCCACUUGGUAUCAAGACUGUCGCUGUGAUCGGAGGUAUUUCGAAGGAAGACCAAGCUUUAAAGCUGCGUAUGGGUGCAGAGAUUGUUAUCGGCACUCCGGGUCGUCUUGUAGACGUCCUGGAGAGUCGUUACAUUGUGCUUAAUCAAUGUACCUAUGUGGUGCUAGACGAGGCCGAUAAGAUGAUCGAUAUGGGCUUUGAACCCCAUGUGAAUAACAUCUUGAGUUACCUCCCCGUAACCAACCAGAAGCCGGACUCAGAGGAAGCCGAACAAGAUGAUAAACUACUAGCCAAUUUCUCCACCAAGCAGAAGUAUAGACAGACGGUCAUGUUCACUGCAACUAUGCCGCCAGCGGUUGAACGACUCGCAAGAUCCUAUCUUCGGCGUCCGGCGACGGUGUAUGUCGGAACUGCUGGUAAACCUACAGAUCGUGUUGAACAGAUUGUCUACAUGGUACAGGAAAACGACAAACGCAAAAAGCUCUUGGAGAUACUGAACGACGGAAUCGAACCACCAGUGAUCAUCUUCGUGAAUCAGAAGAAGGGUGCGGACAUGUUGGCCAAGGGGUUGGAAAAGCUUGGCCACUCAGCGGUGGUGUUGCACGGUGGAAAGGGUCAGGAGCAUCGUGAGUAUGCUCUCGCAAGUCUCAAAUCGGGUCAAAAGGAAAUUCUUGUGGCGACAGAUGUGGCCGGUCGCGGUAUUGAUAUUAAGGAUGUUUCCAUGGUGAUCAAUUAUGAUAUGGCGAAAACCAUCGACGACUACGUUCACCGUAUCGGCCGCACGGGCCGUGCAGGCAAGUCAGGCAUAGCCGUCACCUUCCUCACCAAGGACGACACCGCAGUUUACUACGACCUCAAACAACUGCUGAUCACUUCACCGGUAUCCACCUGUCCACCGGAAUUGGCCAACCAUCCAGACGCGCAGACGAAACCGGGCACGUUUGCGGCAAAGAAACGGAGGAAUGAUGAAACCGUCUAUAUUGCUUGA